AUGAGUACUGGAGACUUUUUAACAAAGGGGAUAGAUUUGAUACAAAAGGCCAUUGAUUUGGAUACUGCGACUCAAUAUGAGGAAGCUUACACCGCAUAUUACAAUGGGUUGGAUUACCUUAUGCUAGCACUAAAAUACGAAAAGAAUGCGAAAUCUAAGGAUCUUAUCAGGGCCAAAUUCACCGAAUAUCUGAAUCGGGCAGAACAGUUAAAGGAACAUUUGGAGACCGAGCAACAAAAGAAGCAAGAGAAACCAAAUAAAUCGGCAACGGCAUCUGGGUCCGGUGGUAAUGCUAAUACAAAUACAGAGGACGAUACGGAUGAUAAGAAGCUUAGAGGGGCAUUAUCUGGGGCAAUUUUAACUGAAAAACCAAACGUUAAAUGGGAAGAUAUUGCUGGUCUUGAAGGUGCAAAGGAAGCUUUAAAGGAAGCUGUCAUUUUACCAGUUAAAUUCCCACAUUUGUUCAAAGGUAAACGUAAACCUACGACUGGUAUUUUGUUAUAUGGACCACCAGGUACCGGUAAGUCUUAUUUGGCUAAAGCUGUGGCAACCGAAGCCAACUCUACCUUUUUUAGCAUAAGCUCCAGUGAUUUGGUAUCGAAAUGGAUGGGUGAAUCUGAAAGAUUAGUGAAGCAGUUAUUUGCCAUGGCAAGAGAAAAUAAGCCAUCUAUUAUUUUCAUUGAUGAAGUGGAUGCAUUAACAGGAACUAGAGGAGAAGGGGAGAGUGAAGCAAGUAGAAGAAUCAAAACUGAACUUUUGGUCCAGAUGAACGGUGUCGGUAAUGAUUCUAGUGGGGUUUUAGUUUUGGGUGCUACAAACAUUCCAUGGCAACUAGACAGUGCUAUUAGAAGAAGAUUCGAGAAGAGAAUAUACAUUCCCUUGCCCGAUCUAGCAGCAAGAACAAAAAUGUUUGAAUUAAAUGUCGGUGACACGCCAUGUAAGCUAACAAAAGAAGAUUACAGAUCACUUGGUGAAAUGACUGAGGGAUACUCAGGAUCAGAUAUUGCAGUUGUCGUAAAAGAUGCAUUGAUGCAACCUGUCAGAAAGAUUCAGAUGGCGACGCAUUUCAAGAAUGUAUCAGAAGACCCUGAGCAACGUAAAUUAACACCAUGUUCGCCUGGUGAUCCAGAAGCCAUAGAGAUGACAUGGACAGACAUUACUGCGGAAGAAUUACAGGAGCCUGAUCUAACCAUCAAAGAUUUCUUAAAGGCUAUACAGACUUCCAGACCAACAGUUAAUGAUGAAGACUUGCGCAAGCAGGAAGAGUUUACAAAAGAUUUUGGUCAAGAGGGAAACUAA